UCUAAACGGAACGGUCGUCGUUUGGAACGAGAGAAGGAAGGUUCUGUGUCCCGCAUACAGUGUGGUGCUGUGCGCGAUUAUCGCAUUCCCUUGUCGCGCGGCAAGAGCGCAUCCCGAAAGUGUGUUGAUAAGCCAGCCGAGCCGUGGUCCACACGGGUAACUUCCGCCUGCCUCUCUUCCUGUUUUCGGGGUCCGUCCGUGGUGAGAUAGCAGGAGAAUCAUGAUCUUCGGCAAGUCGACGGCGGCGGUGAUAACCGUGGCGACGGUUCUGCUACUGUCCUGCCUGCUCCCGUCGGCCACAGAGGCCGCCGAAUUUGCCAAUUGCGCCAAUGAAACGGCCAUCGGUCAGUACAGCAAGGUGGAGGUGUCGAACUGUGCCGACGACGAUGCGACCUGCGUGCUGAAGCGCAACUCGAACGCCACCAUUUCCAUCACGUUUACGAGCGAUGAAGAGCUGAGCGAGCUGAAGGCAGUCGUACACGGCAUCAUCCUCGGGAUGGAGGUACCGUUCCCGCUGCCGAACGAUAACGGGUGCCAGGACAGUGGGCUCGAGUGUCCGCUGGCGAAGAAAACCACGUACCGUUACAGCACCACCCUGCCGGUUCUGAAGCAGUACCCGAAGGUAUCGGUCGAAGUGAAAUGGGAGCUGAUAGCGGCCGGCACGCAGGUAGUGUGUGUGCUGAUCCCCGCCAAGAUACAGUAAGCUACUUCUCAGGGCUUCAAACAGAAGGAGCCUUCAGCCGAGUCAUUCCACUCCCCGCCGGCAAUGGUAAUCCUACGGAUGGCCUCAAUUAACCCCAAAGAGACAAAUACCACAACUCCAAAGAAAGGACUUCCUCGUGGCGGCGGCACACGUUACAACUACCUAACCGGAGAAACGCUUCCCUCGUUCCGUGGCCGUCGAUUGAAGAACGAAUAAACCACGAAAACCGGCUCGCGAUCGCGCGCCGUUGCGGAAAUGACAAUUUUUCAAAUUCAAUUCAUCACACAUUGCGACUGAUGCCGCUUCUGUGCUCCUAUACGCCACGCGUAGUCUGUGCGGCGCGUUUAUUGUUUGAUUGAGUUUAAAUGGAUCAACAAAGGCACACGCAAACGUGCCUCUUUGCGUUGCCGUUGGUGGUGGUCGAACCUCGUCUAAUCACGGGCGUGCGUGCAUGACUCAUCGUUGUGUCCCUGCAUCGUCUGGAUCGUAUUAGCUUAGCUUUUAACCUCCAUUGUUCGCUUUGUUACUUUUCCAAAUAGUGAAAACAAUU